AUGGCUGAAGAAGAACACACUUUCGAAACCGCUGAUGCCGGUUCCUCCCUUAUCUACCCAAUGCAAUGUUCUGCCUUGAGAAAGAACGGUUUCGUUGUCAUCAAGAACAGACCUUGUAAGAUUGUUGAAAUGUCCACCUCCAAGACCGGUAAGCACGGUCACGCCAAGGUCCACUUGGUUGCCAUCGACAUUUUCACCAACAAGAAGUUGGAAGAUUUGUCUCCAUCCACCCACAACAUGGAUGUUCCAGUUGUCAAGAGAAACGAAUACCAAUUGAUCAACAUUGACGAUGGUUUCUUGAACUUGAUGACCCAAGACGGUGACACCAAGGAUGAUGUCAAGGUCCCAGACGGAGAAUUGGGUGACAAGAUCACCGCUGACUGGGAAGACGGUAAGGACUUGAUGGUCACUAUCAUCUCCGCCAUGAACGAAGAAGCUGCUAUCUCUUUCAAGGAAGCCCCACAAGGUAACUAA